CCACUCAAGAAAUAAUUAAAUCUCAAGAGAUAGUCAUAAAAAAUGAAAUGUGUUGGUUCAUUUAUUCUCAUUUUUUCAUUUUACUAAUUGUUAUUUAUUUGAGUAACGGAGUAGCCAUCGAGUCCUAUGGUCAAUUGAGAAAGCGUGUUAUGCUUGGACAGAAGGCUCUAUUGUUCGAGUUCCCUUUUCAAGUUGCUGUUCAACAAAGACUAAACGACAGAUGGGUCCUUCUCUGUGGAGGAGUUUUGGUCACGGAAAAAAAAGUUCUGACCGCUGCCGAUUGCUUUGACCGCUUGAGAGCCUACAAUGUCCGUGUGAUUGUUGGGGUGCUAGAUAUAUAUGGGCCACCAAACCAGUAUGAACAAACUAUUUACGUCUCCAACAUCUACAAGCAUGAAAGUAUCGAUGAUGAGCUUCAAUACUGGAACCCCCAUAAUAUUGCUGUAAUAACACUGGCCACCGCAGUUAAACUUAACCUGAAUGUGCAGCUUGCAAAGUUUGCACAAAAUACUACUCAAUAUAUUAAUAUCAAAAUUCCUGAAAAGAUGAAACCACCCUGCGUGAUAACUGGCUGGGGUUACACCGAGAAUUCAAUAUUACCCAAUACGCUACAGAAAGCAUCAACAAGAAUCUUGCCAAAUAAUAUUUGCCAUCAUUGGUUCCCUUGGUUUCAAGAUGCUUUCAAUAAUGGACUCUGUUUAGUUGCGUUUUAAACAAGAGUGAUUUCGACACGCAGGAAGAAGUUGAAUCUAAUGGUCCCUGUUUUGGAGAUAACGGCGGCCCUUUAAUGUGUGGACCAAACAAUCAAAACCUUGAGCUGGUUGGAAUAGGAUCUUAUGUAGAACCAACUUGUAUGCCUUCUGCGUUUCCUUCUGUGUACGUUCAUCUUCCUGCUUACCGGAAGUGGUUGUCAGACAAAUUGUAAACUUUUUUUUCAAGACAAUGUAAUAAAAAUUUGACUUUCCUCAAA